ACUGCCCACCGUUGGGCACUUCCGCCGGGCUCGGGUUUCCUUCGACUCGGCAUUUAAAUUGAGCUGCAGGACGUCAGCUGCUGCUACAUUCAGCGCAGUGCUAUGACAGAAAAUAGCCUUUAUCACUAGCAAAACAGGCUCCUUUUAUUUUUUUAACACAAAAACGAGAGAAAUAACUGUUGGUCCUGGGUGGUUCUGUGGGCAGAAGAGCGGUUGAACAAUAACGCUGCUCGAGCUCUGACAGCAGCUCGGUGCAUCAUUUUUGGGAUUCCUGUGCUAGCUGCUGGACCAGACUGAAUAGCGGUAACGUGAUGUUGUGCACGAGCGGAAUGAUUUAACUGGCUGAUAUAGAUUGGUAAACAAAACCAAACUUAUUGAAUGCAGUGGGGUUUUUUUGGGCCCGGGAGCAAGUGUGGCCUGGCCUGGGACGACCGAUGGACUAACGUUGCAUGAUGAGAGUGCAUUUAAAGGGUCAGGUUUAAAUUCUGAUUAAAAUAUACAACAGUUUGGAUUUCCGUUGUAGACAUUAACGGAGACAAAAAUCUUAAAUUUUCCUUCAGCUGGAUUAUAACAUCCCUCAAUAUCAUCAAUAACAACAGUCUUCACCCAUUCUAUUGUAGUACGAGAGACAGACAGACUGACUUUAACUGUUAUUUCAUCUAUAUACAUUUUUCUUGAGACUGAUGUGUGAUCUUUAGAUUUUCCAAAACAGACGUUUUAAAGAGAUUUAAUCUUUUUUGCAGCAAAAUAAUAGAUUUAUUUUUAGGGUGUUGUAGGCUACUAUACUUUUUGAGGAUUUAAAGGUGGAUCUUAAGUUGUGUUUUUUUUGUUUUUUUUUAAAUAAAUUAGAUAUUUGCUUUGUCUUCUUGUCUUAAAUGUAAAAUAAGCUGACACAAGUGACAAACAACAUCUUUGACCAGUUACACUCAUCAAAGGCUUUAACAACAAGCAACUAGCAAUCAUGUUCAGCUGGCUUGGAAGCGAUGACCGGAGGAAGAAGGAUCCGGAGGUCUUUCAGACCGUCAGUGAGGGACUGAAGAAGCUCUACAAAACCAAACUCCUGCCGCUGGAGGAGAGCUACAAGUUUCAUGAGUUUCACUCUCCGGCUCUGGAGGAUGCAGACUUUGACAACAAGCCCAUGGUCUUACUGGUGGGACAGUACUCCACCGGCAAGACCAGCUUCAUACGCUACCUGUUGGAGCAGGAUUUUCCCGGAAUGCGGAUCGGCCCCGAACCCACCACUGAUUCUUUCAUCGCGGUUAUGCACGGCGAUACAGAAGGAGUCAUCCCCGGCAACGCUUUAGUGGUUGACCCCAAGAAGCCCUUCAGAAAGCUGAACGCAUUUGGAAACGCAUUCCUUAACAGAUUUGUGUGUGCCCAACUGCCUAACCCAGUGCUGGAAAGCAUCAGUGUGAUUGACACACCAGGAAUUCUGUCAGGAGAGAAACAGAGGAUCAGUCGAGGCUAUGACUUUGCGGCUGUCUUGGAGUGGUUUGCAGAGCGAGUGGACAGGAUCAUAUUACUGUUUGACGCUCACAAACUGGACAUCUCUGAUGAGUUCUCCGAUGUGAUAAAAGCCCUGAAGAACCAUGAAGACAAGAUCAGGGUUGUGCUGAACAAGGCUGACCAGAUAGAGACCCAGCAGUUGAUGAGAGUGUACGGUGCCCUGAUGUGGUCCCUGGGGAAAAUAGUCAACACCCCUGAGGUGAUCCGCGUCUACAUUGGGUCAUUUUGGUCCCACCCUCUGUUGAUUCCAGACAACAGGAAGCUAUUUGAAGCAGAGGAACAGGACUUAUUCAAGGACAUACAGUCUUUACCGAGAAAUGCAGCUCUUAGAAAACUCAACGAUCUGAUUAAGAGGGCAAGACUAGCCAAGGUCCAUGCCUACAUUAUCAGCGCGCUGAAGAAAGACAUGCCCUCUGUGUUUGGGAAGGAGAACAAGAAGAAAGAACUGAUCGGCAGCCUGGGAGAUAUUUACAAACGCAUAGAGAGAGAGCAUCAGAUAUCACCUGGAGAUUUUCCUAAUCUGAAGAAGAUGCAGGACCAACUUCAAGCUCAGGAUCUCAACAAAUUCCAGCCUCUGAAACCCAAACUCCUGGAGGCAGUGGAGGACAUGCUGGCCCACGACAUCGCUGGCUUAAUGGUUCUGGUCCGCCAAGAAGAAAACCAGCGUCCCAACCCAGUCGUGAAGGGCGGUGCGUUCGACGGCACUAGGGACGGCCCGUUUGGUCACGGGUACGGCGAAGGAGCCGGCGAAGGCAUCGACGAAGCCGACUGGGUCGUCGCACGUGACAAACCUGCUUACGAUGAGAUUUUCUACACAUUGUCUCCCGUCAAUGGGAAGGUGACCGGAGCCAACGCCAAGAGGGAGAUGGUGAAGUCAAAACUGCCCAAUACGGUGCUGGGAAAGAUCUGGAAGCUGGCCGACAUCGAUAAGGAUGGGUUGCUUGAUGAUGAGGAGUUUGCGUUGGCCAAUCACCUGAUAAAAGUGAAACUGGAGGGACAUGAACUGCCAUCGGACCUGCCUGCACACCUGGUGCCUCCUUCCAAGAGGAAAAUACCUGAGUAAAUGUAAGAUUACAUCAUCCCCAACCCCCAAAACCAGUAACCCCUCCACCCAGAAGAAAAUUCAAAUAGGAAUAUUUCUGUAGCAAAAUAGCAAAACACUAUUAUUUUUUGAAAAUAUUUAGACCCCAUUUACAACUCUUAUUGGAUUCUAACCUACUAUGUUGCUGUCAUCCCCACAUCUGCAGUUUUUCCUUAGCUUCAAGAGGCAAAUAUUACUACAAAAUAUUCAGUCAAAUAAAGAAUGAUAAUGAAUGCUAAUUGACUUAGCAUUUGGAUUUAAAUGCUACAUUAUUGCAGUGCCGAAAUGGCUUUCACCAGGGUAGAAAAACUCAAUCUUUUUGAGUCCUUUAAGUAUGAGAUAUUAAGAGCUGUUAGGUAGAACUGGACUUUGAGAUGUUAGCUGACAUGGUAAUUAAUAAAGACAAACUAUUUAAACGUCUAAAACAAGAAACACUGGAAUACAACAACAUGUAAGGUGAUCUAAACUACUAGAAGAAAAUGGGAGAGAUAUGAAAAUGGGAAGACUGAAAGAAAGAGAGGUUUUGUUGAAAGGAUCAUUCAGGGAGAGGGGAAGAUUGGGAUGUAAAAAUGAACAAAUAUUGUAUUAUCUAUAACAAAUACACUGACUACAAGAUUCUACUCUGCUACCAAAAACAUGCCAGUCCUUGUAUCUUGAAGGUCCUGCAUUAUUUUCGAUCUCCUGUCACGGCUGAGUAUUUUGGCUUUUGUUUCAUGGCGACAUUAAAAAGUUACAAAGAAUUCCUAGUCUCUCUCUCUCUCUCUCUCUCUCUCUCUCUCUCUCUCUCUCUCUCUCUC